UCAAGAUGGCGGUCCACGUGGUUGUCGCGACUGAUCCUAGUGGAUGCUCUGUGGAAACUGAAAGACAGACGAGUUCGCUGAAGUAGGGUCACCUAUAAUAUCGUUCACACCACUGUUUACUAGCUGUACUUGGUGGUCAUGCCAGUGUUCUAAUACGUCAUAUCAUGGACGACACUGAAGGCCUGCACCCAUACGGAAGUCGGCUUCUGAAGGAUAUGGGAUGGAGUCGAGGGAAGGGCCUUGGCAAAAAUGAAGAUGGCAUGAAGGAGCCCUUGAAAGUGAAGAAAAAAUUCAACACAAAGGGCAUUGGCUUUAACGGGGUCGAUGACAAAUGGAUAGAACAUCAGGAGACAUACGAGGACAUCCUUUCUAAGUUAAACAGUGGCGCUGCGCCCGAAAAAGGCAGCCCCAAGUUGACUUCAAUUGAACAACGUUCUCGAAGCCUUAGGGGACGUAUCCACUACUCUAAAUUCCUUCGUGGUAAAGACUUAAGCCAGAAAAAGGAAGAGGACCUGAAGGCCAUUGUCAUAAACCGUAAGAAAGCCAAAACUUGUUCUGAUGACGAUGGAAGAAAUAAUGUAAAACAUGAGCACUCCGACGACACCAUGCAUCCAUUGACAUACACAAGCAACAUCAGCUACCAAGAGUAUUUUGCUCAACGGAUGAAGCACAAGAGAGAAGCUGCCGCUUACACUACGGGAAGCAGCGAAGUUGCAAAUGCUGAGCGUGUAGGUUUGGCACCUAAAGAGAAGGGAUCCGAGGAGCGGCACGAUUCUGGAAAGAAGCAAAAAGAAAGGAGAAAAGAAAGUAAGAGACAGUCAACAGAGAUUCCAAGUGAUGCGAGACCGCUACAGGAGGGGGAAGACAGCACUGAAACAGGCACAACGACUGUUGCAAUGAAGGAAGCCACAAAGGUCAAGGAAGAAGCAAGAUUGAGUAAAGGCAAGGGCCCAGUUGAGCAACAAGAUGCUGGGGUAAAACAUGAGACGUGCAGAGAGAGGAAACUCGCUCCAGAUGCAGACGGAACCAAGCGAAAAGUGGCAAAGAGAAAGAAUGUGGUAGAAAGCGAAACCGUUGUAAAGAGAGCAAGGACCAAAGCAAAGAAUGAAACAACAUCGAGCGAGAGCAAAGUUGAAGGCGAACGACAAGAUGCCGAAGCAGAGAGGCAGACGUAUGCUGAUGAGAACUGCAGCGUUAACAACAACGAGCGAGCGGAGGCCCAAAGCUCCAAUCCAGUGUUGGAGAGUGGGCAUCUCCACUGUGGCAGACAAAUAGUGUACAGCAGCAACGUUAAACAAGAGAGGUUCAAGCUGCGUCCAAGGAGGUACUUGUACUAUCUUACGAGGGAUCUCAGAACCGUAUACCGUAAUGCAAAUCUGAAGGACAUUCCUGGCUAUGCGUCGGAAGAGUGGAUGAAACAGUGUACCAUGCUCGUCGCACGUUCCCUACAUGGGGUGACCGCGGAAGGGAAAAGCCAGUGUGAUGUGUAGUGUUUGUGUGCAGACUGAGAAGCUCGUUGUCUAAGUUACAUCGAGCUGUUUUAAUUUUUUUACCGAGCGAGCAGCCAAUACGAUGCAGAGAGGUUCUGUUCCCAAGAUACUGUAUAGGUACUGUGUGGCACGAAAUAUGCAGGUAACUGUUUAAUUUUUGUAUAUACGAGGACUGAUCACGAAAACGAUGGAUUUAUGUUUAAGGAAGUGAAAUACUUGCAGGUCUGGAACUUGGUCACUAUCAAGGUAGUCCGCCUUUAGAAGCCACACACUAAGCCCAUUGCCGUUUCCACUAUCCCGAACAUUUUUGCAUCUUUUCUUUGGAAGCAGCUAAGGGUGGUCCCUUCACGUUGAUUUGAAUCUCAUGAACAUCCUGAAAUACUUUUCUGUCAGCUGGAUGUUUGGGAAAUUCAAAUGAAUGCGAUGAGGCAGCUCUUUGCUGUUUCUAAAGAAGACUAAGAAAAAUGUUUUGUACAGUGGAAAGGGCAAUGGGGUAAGUGUGUACAAUUUCCAAAGGAGACCAUCUCAGUGAUGACAAAAAUUUUAGGUUUCUUUUAUAGCGACUGCAAAUGUGUGCCACGAAGAUUGCUUGCUGCAGCAUUUGUGAACAUUGCUUAUUGCCCAAGUCCAUGAAAUGCCGCGCCAGGCGUAGUGGCCGAUAUUUCUGUGGCGUAUGAUUGAGCGAACUUUGUCGUCUGCAUGAAAGUGAAUUUGAAAUACUUUCGUUCAGUACAUUUCCCACCUAGGGACUGAAUAUGUGACAGAUAUUUGCUGAUCUGUUAUUUGACCUGCAGUUAAUAGGAAAAUGCGACACAGUUUUCUGAAAUUUUUAGCAGCCUUUAGUGCGAAAGAAUUGAUUUCAUCCAAAUUCUUCUUUGUUAAUGUGGUAUGUGUGUAAUAUACUGCUAAGGAUGGCUCCUUCGAGUACCUAAAGGACUGGUAGCAAAAACUGUUACGAUAGCUGUUACGAGCUUUUGGAGCUCUUUUGCAAGGGGGGAGGCAUGCCCUGCUAAAUUCAUACUGUGAUCAUAGUGCCCUAAUGAGAGUAUGUCGUGCCAUCUUGGGAUUUGGAACCAAAACAUUUUAUUAAAUUUUUACAGGCAUUCAAUUCCACAUGCAUUUGAGAUAGCCUGCACAUUCAUAUUCCAUUACAAACAUGUUGCACCAAGGUUGAAGUAUCAGUUAAGAAAUUGUGCUGUAGUCAUAUCAUGCAGACCUUGACAACAGAAGCAGUCUCAAGUGACGAAAUUAAUAUCAUUGCAGCUCCAAGUUGCCUCAAUAAACUGAGUGUCAUGAAUAAAGAACACAGUUGUCUGUUGGUA